CUUCUCUUGCAGGCCUCAGACACGCCCACCCUUCAAGGCCUCUCCUUCACCGUCAGACCCGGGGAGCUGCUGGCUGUGGUCAGCCCUGUGGGAGCAGGAAAGUCUUCGCUGUUGAGUGCAGUCCUGGGAGAGCUGCCCCCGAGCCAGGGCCUGGUCCGUGUGCAUGGCAGAGUUGCUGUUUCUCAGCAGCCCUGGGUGUUUUCCGGAACCGUGAGGAGCAACAUUCUGUUUGGGAAGAAGUAUGAAAAGGAGCGAUAUGAAAAAGUAAUAAAGGCUUGUGCGUUGAAGAAGGAUUUGCAGCUUUUGGAGGAUGGGGAUCUGACAGUGAUAGGAGAUCGGGGAGCCACGCUGAGCGGAGGGCAGAAGGCGUGGGUGAACCUGGCCAGGGCAGUGUAUCAGGACGCCGACAUCUACCUCCUGGACGACCCUCUCAGUGCGGUCGAUGGGGAAGUCAGCAGGCACUUGUUCCAGCAGUGCAUUUGUCAAACCUUGCAUGAGAAGAUCACCAUUGUAGUGACUCAUCAGUUGCAGUACCUAAAAGCUGCAAGUCAUAUUCUCAUAUUAAAAGAUGUAAGUAAUUUCUGGAAGUCUGCGACACUCACUAGCACUCCAGUGUGUUGAAGGAGGAUACUCCCAGCAGGCUCUCUGCCUUGGGCCGUGUGGGGAGCUUCCUCUUCCUCCCGGGUUUCACAACCCUCAUGCCUUUGAGGAUGAAUUCAAAGCACUAUAAUGGCUCCAAAGUAUAUCGGACUGUGGCAUCACAUUUAUGAAAUUUUAACAGUUCUAGUGAAAUUGUUAAUGCUGUUUUAGGGACAGCUUUUUGUUCUCCUGUAAGAACUGUCUGUGUCCUUUUGGUUGUCAUACGUGGUUUGCCUAAAGAACAUCCUGCGUAAGUUACAGGAACACAGUGGGACAGCUGCCAGGCAGAGCACCUGCUUCCUGGAACAGCCCAUGCCUGGUCUCACUGAGUACCGGUUUGUCGGGGAGUCUGUAUAGCAAUAAGUGAGACCACUCCUUGCCUUGUGGCCCUUUCGUGCUCUCUGGGAAUACAUGCUAUGAAGGAGAAAGGGUGGGGUGGCCACAUGGGGACCCGAGGGACAGUAACAUGAGGGUGCUGGCUCUGCAGUCACCUGGGAGAGGUGUAGCUGAGGCGGUGGGAUCAGGCAGGGUCUUAGGGAAGGAAGUCAUCUGUGUUUAGAGGGCCAGAAGGGAGGCAGCAUGGCUAGGGCUGAGCAGCUAGAGCAAGUGUGGUGGCAGAGAGCUGGGCUCAGGGCGGUAGUCAGUAGAUCUGGGAUUGGGCUGGAAGCCAUUGGAUGCUCCAGAGCAGGGCAGUGGUGUGGUCUGGUUCAUGGUUUUAGAAGAUCCCUGUUGGAAGAGCUACAGCAGAAGCAGGUAGACUCUUAGUUUUUCAGAGAACAGAAUUGUGGGCUUUGGCUAGUGUGUGAGAAACAAAGUGCCGCAAAGUGGAUGACUGGAAACAGCAGGCUUUUCUUCUCUCACUGUUCUGCAGGCUUCGAGCCUGAGCCCAGGGUGCUGGCAGGGCUGUGCCCUCAGAGGGCCCUCGGCGGGACUCCUUCGCUGCCUCUGCCCCCUCCUGGGGUUUGGUGGGAAUUCUUGUUCCUCAGCUCGAAGCUGCAGCUCUUCAGUCUCUGCCUCUGUUGUCCUGUGCCGAAGUCUAUGUGUGCGUCUGGGUUUCUUCUUGUCAGGGGACAUCAGCCAUAUUGGACUUAGGGCCUGCCCUACCCCAGGGUGACCGCGUUUUUAACGAGUAUAUCUGCAAAGAUCCUAUUUCCAAAUAAGGUCAUAUUCACAAAAGCUAGGGUUUAGAAGUUGAAUAUAUCUGUUGAGGGCCAGCGUUUGACCUGCAGCAGCUAGUGUGAUGGGGAGGUGGGGGUCAGUGGGGAUCCUUGUUGGCCUCCGUGCCUCGGCACCCUUCAUUGUCCCCUGUCUGCUCACCUGGCCCUUGGUCAAAUCCCAUGUAGUGGAUCUGAAACCCCCUUGGUUCCUUCAAACACGAUAUUCCCCCUCCCACAAUCUCUUAGUAAAUGAUGGAAAUCAGAAAUUCUGUUAACUAGUACACAAGCUGUGUGUGCACCAUUGUCAGAGACAAGUUUCAUGUUAUUAUGAUAGACCAGAUUUAUAAUGAUAGCAGCAUUCUUGCAAAAACGCUUAGCUCCACAUGCUUACUGUGCUUCCGAGGAUCACCAAGGAGCCUGCCUGAUGCGUGUCCCGUGACAUCACCUGUACUUUCCAAACAAUAGUGUGUCCCCUGGUGGGCACCCCCUGGAGGGCACCCCCUGGAUGAAUGGGGGUCUGUCUUCACUGUUGGUCUGGCCUCUUUUAAGAGCAGAGGGCAUCACUGGCCCCUGCCACCUCUCUCUCUUUAGGAAUACUGCAGGCACAGUACCAGCAGUAGUUUCCUUGCGUGUCUUGUAGAUGCAAAGUAGAAAGUGACGAUGCCAUUGAAAAAGGUAUGUGGGUUUUCCCUCCUAAGUGGAUCAAGACACCAUGUAUUGUCAAUAAUGUUCUAGUUCUCCAGUUACCAAGCUGUUCCAAGUAAACCAAGGCAUCAUGGGAUUUUUCUCAGAGGACUGCCUUAGGAAUGGGAGGGCUGGGGUAGUAUUGGAGUCCUGGACCCCCUCCCCCCAUCUUCACCAGGGCUGAUGGUCCUUGAUUUGCUUUGUAUCCUGGAUUUGGCUUAAUAUUUUGGUUGCUCCUGUUGGAGUAAUUCAGCUGGUUUCCUUCCACAGGGUGCAAAAUGAGUGUAGAUCUUUGCGCAUUAUUUUCUAUGCCUUUGUAAGGAAGGGAGACCAAGUGAUGAGGUGUCGUGUGGAGUGCUCAAUUUUCAGUUAGGAAAUUCCUGAGUUUGCAUGGCAGUUUGGUAAUAAAGAACAUGAAGAUGCAGCUCACAGGUUCGGUGCCCAGCUGGUUCCCAAGGUCUUCUCCCGGCAAGGCAAGAGCGUGGCCUGUGGCCACAGGGCCAGCGGAGGCUUGUUGAGUGACUCCUACCUGAGCCGAUACACUGGCGCCCACCUCCCUGUCAGUUUAUGUUUCUCUCCUGAAAUCUCCUUCCCAGUCUACUCUGUUCCUUUGGCUCUUAUCAAUGAGACUUAUUUCAGUUUCCUGUUCUCUGAAGAGACUCCCACAACGUCUGCACUUUUUGCUUCCUUACACGCUCGUGGUAUUUUUGUCAAUAACCUCAUUUUCACACUUUUGUUUUCCCUCGCCCAGCACCGAACACAGGGUUCGACAGAGGACAGAAUACUCAGUUAUGUGUCAGGUUGAAUUGCCCUAGAGUUGAUUAACCAGAAUUCCGGAUCUAGGGAUAAUCUUACUUUAUAAGAUCAGUUCACCUCUCCUGAUUAUUACUAGAGUAGAUUAGUGUUAUCACAGGCAAAGAAUCUGAAAUUCUAUGUUUUUAUUUCAGGGAGAAAUGGGAACCUAUACGGAGUUUCUUAAAUCUGGGGUAGAUUGUGGUUCCCUUUUAAGGAAGGAGAAUGAGGAAGCCGAGCCCACCCUGAGGAACCGGACCUUCUCCGAGUCUUCCGUGUGGUCUCAGCAGUCCUCUAGGCCUUCGCUGAAAGAGGGUGCCCCCGAGGGCCAGGAAGUGAGUGCCUCCCCUGCUACACUGUACGCAGGUUUUGUUGGCUGUCAUUGGUCUGCCGGAGCUUUCAUCUGCUCUGCUUUGUUUGUCCCAGAGUCGAUUCUGGGAAUGCAUGCUCAAUGGAAUUGGUAGAGUCAACACAGAUUGCAGGGGGGCCAGCCUGGCUGGGGCUGUCCUUUGGUGUGAGCUGAGCAGUCUCAUGGAGAGGAGAAGUGGGUGUGAUGCUGGCCAGUCCGAAGCUGUCUGUGGCUCUCCCUGAUCCUGGAACUCUUGAAUUACUGCAGGCAGACCCUGCUUGUUCUGGUGGCCCCCAAGCUUCCAGAUGGUUCAUUGAAAGACCCCCUUACACUGACCUGCUGUGGUCCACCUCUUCUGUUUGCUGGAAUGUUCUCACACUAAGUCACCGAUAGGAUUCUUUUGCCCUAUUGUCAAAUAGUUUGUAUUAAGCCAGAAAUAGCAUGUGCAAGGACACAACAACUCCUGGCACAUGAUAGAUUUUUUUAAAAGAUUUAUUCAUUUAUUUGAAAGGCAGACUGACAGAGAGAGAGGGAGAGACAGAGGGAGAGAGCUUUUCCAUCAUUGGUUCACUCCCCAAAUGGCUGCAAUGACUGGGGCAAUGCCAGGCUGAAGCCAGGAGCCCAGAGUGUCUUCCCGGUCUCCCACGUGAGUGCAGGGGCCCAAGCACUUGGGCCAUCUUCCACUGUUUUCCCAGGCACAUUAGUAGGGAGCUGGGUUGAAAGUGGAACAACCGGGACUCAAACUGGCACCAUAUAGGAUGCUGGCAUUGCAGACCAUGGCUUAACCUGCUAUGCCCCAGUGCCAGCGCCGAUACCUGUUCUUUAGAGUUGUGUCAUUCUCGUCUUGCUUUCUUGCCCCUCAAGAGUGGGAACCACAUCUUAUUCAUCAUUGAGUCUCCAGUGGCCACCAUAGACAAGUACUUCUUCCUCUCUUGGGAAUCUAUAAUGCACCUAACGGCCUCCAGACAGAAAUGCAUUAGAGCUCCCUUGGAAAUGUG